AUGCAGGCGGGCAGUGAAGAUCUCAGUCUGCCACGCUGCUCCCUUCCCCACGUCUCCUUCUUACCUGCUCCCCUUCUCCUCCUCAUUGCUCCCCCUCUCCUCCCUCCCACUCCCCCCUUUCCACCCAGUCGCUCUACGAGGCAUCGUGUGCAGCGCUGCUGCACCUGCUGGCGUUCAACGCCCCGCCAGCGCUCUCCCUUCCCGCCACUCCCCCUCUUCCCCCCUCCCACUCCCCCCUUCCCCCCCCAGUCGCUCUACGAAGCAUCUGGUGCGGCGCUGCUGCACCUGCUGGCGUUCAACGCGCCACCAGCGCUGCAGUCGGUGCGGCAGGCAGCGGUGCGCGUGUGUGCGCGCAUGGCCACUGCGGGGGGGCGCUGGUGGCGGGAGAGUGCCACGGGCGCCAUGCUGCUCGCCCUCUCACCCUAUGUUGAUGCGCCGGACGACCAUGUGAUGCUGGACGCAUGCACUGCCCUCGCUGCCUCGCUCCUCGCCCUGCCACCACAACCCCCUUUCCGCCCUCUCCUCCACGCCCCCAUUCCCGCCCUCCCCUCCUCCCUCCUCGCACCCCCUCCCACCGCGCUCCCCGCUCCCUCUCCAUCCGCCUCCCCCCUCGCCCUGCCCCUCGCCACCCUCACCCCCCCCUUGCUCGCCGCGCUGUGGCGUCUCCAUCUCUCACGCUCCGCGCCUUCUCUCGGCACUCAUGGUCCAGAGGGUGGCAAAGUUAGCAAGGAGAGCAAGAGCGGCAAGGGCGACAAGGGCAGGGAUGGGGGAGGCGCGAGGAGGGGAGGAGUGGUGGCGCGGGCAGCUGAUUGGCUGUGGGGGCCUGCAGGCACGGGUGAUGGGAGGGGCGGGGUUGUGGUGCAUGCUCACGCCAGUGCUGCUUCUGGUGGUAGGGAGGCGUGUGGAGGAGUGGCAGGCGCGGAGGGAGGCUCAGCACGGGAUGACUCAGCAGCCAGCCACGUGGCAGCAUCUGCCUGGCAGGCCGCAGCGAGCCUCCUGCGCUGGCUGGGCGGCCAUUAUGACCCGGCCGUGCUGCGGGCAGCAGGCUUGUCCGCAUCUGUGUUGAUGCGUGCACUGCUGGGUGGUGGGGUGGAUGGACGGCCAGGAUGCAUCCAGAACAGCAGUGAAGAGCAGAUGGGCAGUGGGGGGAGUGAAUGCAGGGCGGAUGGUGGGGAGGAGCAGGUGGGAGGGUCGCAAGCUGUCAUGGUGGCAGCGUGGGAGGCAGUGAGGUGGAUGGCAGCAUUCUGCCACGUGGCAGUGUGUGACUCAGAAGGGGGUGUGACUUUAGUGAGGGCCAAGGAGGCAGGAGACAGGGCUGGUGGGAAGGGGGGCGAGAGCGAGCGCAGGGAAGGAGCGGGCGGCGGUGGCGGGGGGCGAGGAGGUGGAGGGAGGAGGGCAGGGGAUGCAGAUGGGCACGCAGGCAUGGAGGCAGUGGCAGCGUUGGCAUGCCCUCUGCUAAUUAACUUGCCAAUUUUCUCCCCGCAACCCCUUCCCCAUCGUUACUGCAGCACUCACCUGGUCGCGCUCCUCACUCCCUCCUCCCAUGCCACACCUCACCCCGCUGCUCCCUCCACUGCACCAUCGCCAUCGCCCCCACCCACCUCCCCCCUCCACCCUGCCACAGCCCACGCCCUGCUCGCCGCACUGCUCGCGCUGCUCUCCUCGCCUUGCGCCGCCCUCGCCUCUCUCUCCCACACCGCCCUCUCCCGCGCGCUCUCACCACCCACAAUCCGCCCUGCCGCGUCGCGUGAGGCGUGGGCCACAGGGGAGGGCGGGAGAGAGGGUGGUGAGCGUGCAGCAAGUGGUGGUGCACCCAGUGCCCACCACAACGACCGUAUGGCAGCAGAAGACGCAGGUAGCAGCGGCAUUAACAGCAGCCCAGGGUGCACCCCACAGCGCAGGGCAUGGGAGGGUUGCCACGAGCCCAGCCUGAGGGGCCUGGCAGCCUCUGCGGUGCGCCAGGCUGCCCUGGCGUGCUGCCUCUGCUCGCGCUCCGCCCCUCGUCACUCCUCUGCACCGCUGCUCACCGCUGAAAUGCCGCGGCAGGAGGUGGAAGCUGCCUCGAAGCUGCUGGUGGUGGCAGCGCUGGCGUGUGACGGGCGGGGAGGGGAUGCGGUGCGGGCCGAGGGGGGCGUGCAAGCGGUGGGACUGGUGGUAGCGGCGCGCGUGGCCCUGUGGACCAAAUGGGGCGCUGGGGAGGCGCAGGGGCAGGGGGAGGGGCAGGGGGAGGCGGAGCGAGACAGGGGGGAGGUGAGGGUAUGUGGUGAUGAUGGGAGGAAGGGCGAGAGCGGAGGGCGAGAGCAGGGUGGUGGGGAGGAUGAGUGGGGAUGGGAUGAGGGCAAUGAGGCGUGGUGGGGAGAGGGGGAGCUGGAGGGAGGGGAGGACGAGAUGAUGGGAGUGAUGGCGGGCGGGGAAGGCAGUGAGGGCAGUAGGAAGGCCAGUGGGGAGGAGGGUGCUGACGUCAUGCUGCUGGUCGAUGAGAGGCCGGACAUACCACAUGCACCAUACUGUGCUGACCCUACAGCAUGGCAGGGUGCUGACAUCAUACUGUUCUCUGCCCUCACAGCCCUUCUCAUCCUCCUGCACUCCGCACAGUCGCUACCAUCCCUCCCCUCGUCCCCUCUCUCCCCCCAAUCCUCCCUGCCGGCCCUCUCAACCACAGCUCUGCCACCGGAGUCGCUGUCACUCACGCCCCCCUGCGUGCUCCUCCCUGAAAACCUCAUCCUCGCCCUCACUCGUCUCCUCCAUCCCGCAUCGCCUGCUGGUAUGCGCUGCCUCGCUGCUCGCUGCCUCUCGCUCUGCCGCUCCCUGCCCCACCCUCCACCGCCCUCCGCUGCACUGCCUGCUGCUGCCAAACAACCCUCUCAGCAGCAGCCGUCUCAUCGCCGUCCCUCCCACCACCUGCCCGCCACACACUGUGACCCCCCUCCACUGGGAGUGCCCUCGGCUGUGGGUCGUGACAUCCGUUCUGCCCUAGCCUAUCUCUCCCCUUCAAACACUCCAUCCCCCUCCGCCUCCUCCUCUCCCACCCAUGCCUCACACGCUCACUUCACCCCGCUCACAUCCACCUCUGAAAACCCCAAGGCGCAAGUCGCAUUCGUCCUGACACACCCCUCUGCACCCACUUCCACCGCUGCCACCUCCCCACUGCGAGUGGUGGCACAUGCAGCAAUCAUCGCUGCCCGCUGCCCCGCCCUCCUCUCGCCCCUCACCUCCCCCUCUGCCCCUGCCCGCCCCUCCCCGCCUGCCCCCCCUCAUAGCACCCCCUCUCUUCUCGAUAAGGGAAAGGACGAGGGGGUGAGUGGGCAAGGGAUGGCAAGGGGGGUAGGGGAGGGGGCAGAGGGAGAGGAGGGGGUGGUGAGGGAGGUGCGGCUGGGGAGGGGCGUGAGUGGCGAGACGUUCAGUCAGCUCCUGGAGUAUAUAUACACGGGACAGGUGUCGCUCUCCCAUUGGCCGUCCAAGGAUCUGCACUUGGUCCUGCUGGACUGCCUUGGAGGUGUGAGGCAUGGCAGUAUGGGGCAUUGCGGCAUGGGGCAUGGCAGUAUGGGGUAUGGCGGCAUGGGGUAUGGCGGCAUGGGGUAUGGCGGCAUGGGGUAUGGCGGCAUGGUAGCAUGGUGUGGGAUGGGCCCACCACUGCGCAUGUGGCUCAGCGGCACGUGGCAGCAUGCACUCGCAGUCUCCCCACGUCCAGCAGUGGCGUUCAUGCCCUCUGCCUCUGCCCACUCAUGCUGCAGCCACUCAUCGUCGUGUCUCGCCACCUUGUCUCACUCACCCCUGUCCCCCUCUGUGCCUGCCCCCGCCCAUGCCUCCGAACCCCACAGCGACAUUGUGCUCUGUGUGCCGUGCGCGCGCCACGCUCCCCCCUCCCCCGCGCAUCAACCGCCUGCAAGCCCCAGCAGCCGUGGGGAAGAGGUGCAGCAUGACGCAUGCGGAGGGCCAGAAGAGGAGGGCAGUGGCGAGGGGGAGGGCGGGCAGGGGGGCGUGUGGCGGUGUGUGCGGGUGGCGGCGCACCGCUGUGUGCUGGGGGCGCGCAGCCAGUACCUGCACGCCCUGCUGCACUGCGGCAUGCGUGAAAGCUCUCAGCACGAGGUGCAUCUACCAGCGCUGCCUCUACCAGCGCUCAUCGCUCUCCUGCGCUUCCUCUACUCCGCCCGCGUCUCCUUCCUCCCCCUCCCGCUCCCUCCCCAUGCCACCUUCACUCCCACCAACCUCAACCACCCUCACGCCCCCACUGCUGCUGCGAGCCCAAGCGGGCAUCACAGCGCCCCUGUGCCGCUCUCCUCCGUGAACCUGCCGCUGCUAACGCUCUCCACUCGUCUGCUCUCCGCAGUGCACCUCGCAUCGCUGGCCCACCAGUGGAUGCUGCCCGCCCUGCACCAUGCUGCCCUCUGCUACGUGGCAGCGCGCCUUCGCGCCACGUGGCAUGACCCCGUCAGCAGGGACCCCGGUUUUGGUGCUGCUGACUGCAGUGAUGGCAGUAGUAGCAGGGGAACGGCUGCUACCACCCUGGAUUGGGCCACGGAGGGCCCAGUGGCACCGUGGGCGGCAGCGGAUGCGGUGGUGCGGGUGGCAUGGGCGGCGGGGCAGUGGGAGAUGGUGGGCGAGGCAGUGAGCAGCCUGGCGCCGUGGUACCCUGCCAUGCGCCGCACCUCCUGCCUGCACCGCCUCCCACCGCAGGUGCAGAGCGCUGUGAGGGAGGCGCACGUGCGAUUGCUCACCGCACGCCCUUGA